AUGCUGAGGAGAGCAUUACGUCCUGUAAAUCUAGCUCAUCGCUUAUCGAAUAUAAGAAUAGCGCCCGUACUUAUACAUCUAAAAAGUCCCCAAGGCACGGUCCAGCAACUAGAUUUCCAAAAGAGAAAUAUGUCGACAACUUCCAUCACAUCGCAAUUACAGGCGAUGUCGAUCCAAGAGCCUGCAACCAUGGAGGGCUCGUUCCCAAAAUACAAUGUCGUAGAUCUAAUGAGAAACUACGUCAGUCAAGAACUAUCCAAAAUUUCAGGCGUCGAUGUCAAAUUGAUUUACGAGGCUUUGGAAUGGACCAACACUCUUGACAGAGGUGACCUUUUGAUUCCUGUUCCAAGACUUCGUAUCAAGGGCGCUAAUCCAAAAGAAUUGGCCGUUGAGUGGGCCGAAAAAUUCCCAUUGGGUGAUUUUCUGUCCAAGGUUGAAGCCAACGGACCGUUCGUGCAGUUCUUCUUUAGACCGGAUUUUCUAUUCAAGGUUGUUCUUCCAAAUAUUUUGGUCAGAAGAGAAAAGUACGGCUCAGCUCCGUUGGUCGAAAACAAGAAGGUAGUCAUUGAGUUUUCUUCUCCAAACAUCGCCAAGCCAUUCCAUGCCGGUCACCUGAGGUCGACCAUUAUUGGGGGCUUCUUGUCCAACUUGUACGAAAAGUUGGGUUGGGAAGUUGUCAGAUUGAAUUACUUAGGUGACUGGGGUAAGCAGUUCGGUGUCUUGGCUGUCGGUUUUGAAAGAUACGGUUCUGAAGAGGCUCUACAAAAGGACCCAAUCAAGCAUUUGUACGAUGUCUACGUUCGUGUCAACAAAGACAUUGAGGCCGAGGGAGACUCUUUGUCGGAAAGUGAGUCAACUGAUGGCCAAGCUCGUGCUUACUUCAAAAAAAUGGAAGAUGGGGACGCAGCUGCUUUGGCCAUCUGGAAGCGUUUCCGUGAAUUGUCUAUUGACAAAUAUAUCGAGACCUACGCACGUUUGAACAUCCACUACGACUCCUACUCCGGUGAGUCUCAGGCCUCCAAGGAGUCCAUGGCCAAAGCUCUCAAGAUGUUCGCCGAGAAGGGCUUGACCCACGAAGACAGAGGAGCUACCCUCAUUGACUUGACCAAAUUCAACAAAAAGUUAGGUAAGACAAUCGUUCAAAAGUCUGACGGUACUACUCUGUACUUGACCAGAGAUGUAGGAACCGCUAUGGACCGUUAUGAAAAGUAUCACUUCGACAAAAUGAUCUACGUCAUCGCUUGUCAGCAAGACUUGUAUGCAGCUCAAUUGUUCGAAGUGUUGAAACAAAUGGGUUACGAAUGGGCCAAAGAUCUGUUGCAUAUCAACUUUGGUAUGGUCCAGGGUAUGUCUACCAGAAAGGGCACCGUUGUGUUUUUGGACAAUAUCCUAGAAGAAACUAGGGACAAAAUGCACGAUGUGAUGAAAACCAAUGAAACGAAGUAUGCUCAAAUUGAGAACCCUGAUGAGGUUGCAGACUUGGUUGGUAUUUCUGCUGUCAUGAUCCAGGAUAUGCAAGCUAAGCGUAUCAACAACUACGAGUUCAAAUGGGAAAGAAUGACCUCUUUUGAAGGUGACACUGGUCCUUACUUGCAAUAUGCUCACUCGAGGUUGAGAUCUGUGGAGAGAAAUGCUUCCGAAAUUACCGAAGAAAUGAUGAUCAAUGCCGAUUUGUCUCUACUAAAAGAGCCUGUUGCAGAGAUUUUGAUCCGCUUGUUGGGUCAGUACCCAGAUGUUUUGAGAAACGCAGCAAAGACUCAUGAGCCUGCUACAGUCGUCACGUAUCUGUUUAAGCUGACCCACCAGGUUUCCUCUUGUUACGAUGUCCUAUGGGUUGCUGGUCAAACUCAAGAACUAGCUGCCGCUCGUCUAGCCCUAUAUGCCUCCGCUAGACAAGUACUAUACAAUGGUAUGACAUUGUUGGGUUUGACUCCUGUCGACAGAAUGUAG